AUGAAGAAAAGUAAGUCAGCUUCAAGAUACUCGAAUGAUCAUUUACCUUAUGAUAUUUUGGUGAAAAUUUUCAUGGUCCUCAAUGUUGUAGACCUUGGAAUUGUCUCGUUGGUUUGCAAAUCUUGGAAGAGUGCUAGUAGUGACCGUGCACUUUGGCAUAAGGUUGAUCUUUCUAGACUCAGCUCUAGAUUUUUCGACAUACCUAGCGACAUAAUAUUUUGGACUGCUAGCGAUAAGCGUUCAACAAGCACAAAAAUGGCUCAAUUCUUAAAGCAUGCUUUGAGUUUGAGCGGUGAAAACAUAAGUUGCUUAAUAUUUAAUUUUUAUAUACCCUUAACUGACAUCCAGUUAAUCACAGCUGCUCAAAGGACUCCAAAUCUCAAACGAUUAGUUUUACCAUACAAAGGCUCCUUGACAAAACGUGCAAUCCACACAGCAAUGGCAUCAUGGAGGGGUCUUGAGUCUAUGACUAUUACCUCCAUGAUCAACUGUCGUUACCUUUUCUCCGCGAUUAGCAAAUGGUGCAAGAACAUAGUUGAACUGAAAUUCACUGACGACUUUAACCAAAACCAUGCUGAUGCUUUGAUUAAAUACACCCCAAAUUUGAAGGUCUUGAGUCUUCGGACCACAAUGGUGGAAAAGAAAGCUUUGGAGGAUGCACUCGAUGGUUUGAAACAUCUGAAGGUGGCAAAUAUGUGCCAUGCUAGUUUCACUUAG